AUGGACAUCUGCAAAAUGAUACAUCCAAGUUUUGAUACAUUAUCUGAUAAAGAAAAAAACGAAUUUGGUAAGUUUACAUUAAUUAUUUAUUCAUUAUUAUUUAUUAUUUAUUAUACAAAUAUAAUAUUUUUCCCUAUUUUCGUUAAAUAUACUGAUUCUGCCACGGUAAUCUCCCUUCUGGUGACACAAAGUACUCAGCAAAUUUAUUUCUAAUCAUAUUUGAUGUUAAGCUACCUCUUACCGAAUUUGAACGAGGUAAUUGGCGUAGAUCGGAGUUUAGAUCUUCAGUAGUUAAAUCGCUAGAUAUACUAUUAAUAAUUCCCUCUUCUUUGUGAAUAAAAUUUUGCAACAAACAACAAGUCUUUACUAUAUCAACUGCUAAAUCCGUAGAUACAUUUAAUGGUUGAUGUAAAAUUCGCCAUUUAUUCGCCAUUAUAACAAAUGUACAUUCAACAUACCGUCUUGUCAAACGGUAGUUGAAUGUACUUUUUAAUUCAUCGAGUUGAUGACCAUCAAACGGUCGAAGUACAUGUUCAUGUAUGGCAAAUGCUUCAUUACCAACGAAUACGUAUGGUAUCACAAUCAGUUCCUAGUUUAUUUGUAGAUGAUGGUGUGUUCAAUCUAUCAUUUAAUAAGUUUUUCCAAAAUUGUGUUUGUUUGAAUACCACUGAAUCACAUUCUUUCCCGUAUGCACCAACAUCGAUAAAAAUAUAAUUAUAGUUAGUGUCUGCCACGGCCAUUAGUACGAUGGAAAAGUAGUGUUUGUAGUUUAAAAACAUUGAUCCACUUUGUUCGGGUUUUAUGACUCUAAUAUGCUUACCGUCUAUGGAUCCUAAGCAUAGAGGAAAAUUUGCAGCACUUUCAAAAUUAUUGGCUAUCAUUAACCAGUCGUCCUUGGAUGGAAUUUUCAUAUAUAUAUUACACAAUUCAGUCCAUAUUGUUGUACAUACUUCUCGAACGAUAUAGCUUAUUGUUUUUAUUCGGAUUCUAAAUGUGUAUUGAAGAUCUGUAAAUGUACUUCCUGAUGGCAAGAACCUGUAAAAAUAAAUAUUUUUAAGUUUUAAUCUAUUUGUUUUUAAUAUUAGGAAAAAAUGUUAUAAAAAAAUGGAAUAAUGAAAGAGAUAAUUGGAUGAGAUGUGAUAAAAAAAUUAAAGAGUACAACAAGUCAGGUUCAGCAGCGAAACCUGUUCAAAAAUACAAAUUUUAUGAGCAAAUGCAGUUUUUAAAUAAAAUUGUAGGUCAUCGACCAACAGAAACAAAUAUGCCACAUGCUGAAGACGUCGAAGAAAACCCAAUUACAUCUGAAAGUCCAGUUCCAAAAAAGAAAAUGAAGAAACAUUUAACAGAAAAAGAUCAGUUGGAAAGAAGAAUAACGAGAUUAGUCGAUUCUGUAGAAAAAGAUGAUCAAAGUAGAAUUAUGUCUUUUUUUAGUGGAAUUGCGCCGACCAUUGAAAAAUUUAAUGAUGCCGAUAUAGUUGAGUUUCAGUAUGAGGUCAUAAAAGCCAUGAGAAACAUAACUCAAAAAACUCAGACGCCAUAUUUACAGCAUGGUGUACCAAGAAAUUAUUAUCAAAAUCUAAGUCAACCCGCGCAAUUUCAUUUAUCACAUCCAGCUAAUGUUGCACCGAACAUUAAUGAAGAUCCACGUGGCAUAUAUCGUAAUUAUAAUGUAAAUGAAUCAAACAAAGUCCAUCAAUAUAAGACACCAAAUGGUAAAAGGAGCUUUUCUUCGACUGCUGAACCUUCGCCAGAAUCAAUCCGACUGCUGAACCUUCGCCAGAAUCAAUCGACA